GCGAAUUAAUUUCUUCGAAGCAGGGCUCUCUUGCUUCCCUACCAAGCUCUUUCAUUGAUACAUCAUAUCGAUCGAAUGUGAGUUACCCAUGGUGAAAUCGGGAGACCGUACGCUUCAUUGUUAUUCAAUAUCAUAUGAGCGUGUGCGUUGUACUAUUUUCAUGAAGGUUUAGCGGAAUUCGGCACGUUUCUAUGUUGUCGAUGGUUGGAUUGGCUGCUUAUUUGAAUUGAUUGCUGUCGCCAAUACGUUGCGGAUGCGAGACGAGGUUCUGUGAGCUUCCGCAUAAAUUGUUUAGUCGUCCCUGAUGAAUCUAAACUAAUUUCAUCUUGUCUUUUCUUUUGCAGAUACAUUAAUUCAAGAUGGGUAAGCGCACGAAAAAGGUCGGAAUCACCGGAAAGUACGGAACCCGUUACGGUUCCACUCUCCGUAAGAUUGCCAGAAAGAUGGAAGUCUCUCAGCACUCCACAUACAACUGCGUUUUCUGCGGAAAGGACUCUGUCAAGCGCAAGUGCGUCGGUAUCUGGGACUGCAGGUCUUGCCACAAGGUGAUUGCAGGAGGGGCUUACACUUUGUCUACCGCUAGUGCCAUUCAAACACGCAGUAACAUCAACCGUCUGCGACGUACCAUGGAAGAUGCUCCUUAAAUUAUAAAGCAACAAUGAAACCCCUACAAUCUUCAAUCAAAGCUUAGGUGUUACAGUUGUAACACGGAAAUAUUUCUCUCUGCUUCGAGCUACAUUUUCCAAGUUACGCUUCUCUUCAAAGAAGUUUGUGCCUAGGGAAUGUUUUUCUUGUAUCUUAUUAUUUGUACCGUACAAGCAUUAUAGAUAAUGUACAGCUGUCAUCAUCAUUUGCUGGUUUCCUUUGUGCAGGAGUGUGAAAAUGCUGUUGCCCAGAGAAAAACCACGAUAGAUUGUCUAUUUCAAUGUCGUUUAUGAAUUCUUUCAACUGUCCGCGAAUAAUUGAACGGAACUUUUUUCUCCAAGUUCAUCUCAUUCCAAUCGGUGGAUAGUUUUGCAAUCGGGGAAGUAAGCAAUUUGUCCACCUUCCCUCACAAAUGAGUGUGGAGAAGCAAUUUCAGGGUUCUUUCACUCCAAUUCCAAAUUGACGAAUGACUACUAGUACUAGCUAGUACUACUACUACUAGUAUCCUUCGAAUGUUACUAACAGCUCUCAGCAACAAUGUAGUAUAUCUGGAAAUAGCAUUUUGAUCAUCCAAUACUAGUAGUACCACCACCACCACCAGCACCACCACCUCGUCCUCCUCCUGCUGUUGCAAUUUAAUUGCCUGCUGCUGGUGGUGGUGCUGGUGGUGGUUGUUCUUCACAUGUGUUGGAAAUCAACAACAAGAAGAAUCUCCUUCCAAUCUAUUCUGGUUGCUAUUGUUAAAUCAAUCAUCAAGAAGGAGAAGAAACAACUCCUUCUUCUUUACUUCAUACUUUCUUAGUGGUUGGUAGUACCUGGUACUUGAGCUUGAGGAUGAGCUAUUGGUGUCUAAUUAUUGAUUUAUUGUGAUACGGUACAGUACUAAGAGUACCGUACGUACGGAACGGUAUGUACUCGUAGUGAAGAAGUAUUUAGUGGAAGUAGUAUUAGUAUCAUAUGAUUAGUAGGUUUGAAUCCGUGAUAGAUGUCAUACAAUGAAUAGAAUUUUCUAUUCGCCAUACGUCAGUCGAGUCACGACUAAUCAGCUGGCACGCGCACCGGAUAGAUUUCCCAACGCUUAGCCUCCAGCAUUUUUAUGAAAAAUGUGGAAGGCCAAAGAUCCAGGUAGAAUGGCUAAAAGACCCUGUUUCGAAAUUAUCAGAAAUGAAUCCAUUCAGUCACUCGCAACUAACCAAAAAGGCAGUUGCUCCAACCACUACUCAAAACUCAUUACUUUAUCAAGUUCUAUCGAAAACUUCUGUCGAAGAACCCAUAUUAUAGCAACAACAAGACAGAAGUGAUAAAAUGGCCGCACCUGUUCCUUUGCUCUUCUCCGAGGCUCUCAAUGUAAGUCGAUAGUUUUCGGAGAUCCAAAUCGUGUCGCGCAUUUUUGUGCGUUGCGUAGCGCAUAGUAGAAAAUCUACUUGUCCCCGAGCAUAAAUCUCGAUUGCAAAUGACCGUUGCUUCGUCCAACGAUGUUCGUCUCUUUGAGAAAGCCCUAUCAAGAAGAUCAUACACUGCUAACCGAAUAAUACACACAGCAUUCUGUAUGCACCGAGUUGAUCUCAUUGCGGAGUACCGUGGAAGCUUUCUGUCAUCAUUGUGACUCUUCCAAUUAUCCGAAAGCAUUGAGUCGUACAUUCCCUCUCACCAUUUUCAUUUCAUUUCAACGUUGUCUCUAUAUCGUGUCCUCCUGGUAUUUUGUUUACCUCAUGAAUCCCAAUUCUCGUAAAGCUCCAACAACUCGGAGUGCC